AUGGGCAUCUCUCGAGACAGCUUGCACAAGCGUCGCGCGACCGGUGGGAAGCAGAAACCGUGGAGAAAGAAGAGAAAAUACGAGCUCGGCCGUCAACCGGCGAACACGAAGCUCUCUUCCAACGUCACGGUGCGCCAAGUGCGCUGCCGCGGUGGCAACAUCAAGCACCGGGCGUUGCGAUUGGAUACCGGUAACUUUGCGUGGGGCUCCGAGAACUGCACGCGUAAGACGCGUAUCUUGGACGUCGUGUACAACGCGUCUAAUAACGAACUCGUUCGUACGAAGACGCUCGUGAAGAGCGCGGUCAUCGCCGUCGACGCGGCGCCGUUUCGCGCGUGGUACGCCCAGCACUACGGCAAGAAGAUUGGUAUCAAGGUUAAGAAUGGUGCUAAGGUUGAGAGUGAAGACAUUGAAGAGAAGCGAUCUAAGUCUGUGACGAUGAAGCUCCGCUCCCGUAACCAAAAGCACGAAGUUGCCAAAGCGAUUGACGAGCAGUUUGCCACGGGUCGUCUGUUGGCCAUCAUCACGUCUCGCCCUGGUCAGUGCGGUCGUGCGGACGGCUACGUCUUGGAGGGUAAGGAGCUUGAGUUCUACCAGAAGAAGAUGAUGAAGAAGAAGCACGCUGCGGCGGCUGCGGCCGCCGCGAAGGACGCCACCCACUAA